GUCCACUCCUCUCCCUGAUUUGCAAUUCAUUUGCAUCUUCCCCCCUCCUGGUGGGGCUCCUCCCCUCCCACAACCCAGCCAUGAGGACGACCUAGAAGUCUCGUACCAAGAAGACGACAGAAAUGUGCGGGAUGCGAGUCUGAAGCGCUUCCUGGUGGACCUUCCCUUCCCCAUCGCCCUCGCUUCCCCUGCUGUUGCCCACCCUCCCAGCGCCCUCCUCCCACCCUCCCAAUUGUUGACACCCCUCUUCAUUGUGACCAACCUCUCUUUCUCCCACCAGCUCUGUUUACCUCCCAAUCUACUCUCCUUUGCCUCACCUGCAACCCCUAUAUUAAAUCCUCCCUGCUUCCCUCCUCCAUCCCCCCUGCUUCCCCCCUCCCUCCGUCCUGCUUCCCCCCUACCUCCACACUGCUUCCCCCCACCCUCCGCCCUGCUUUCUCCCUCCCUCCUUCCUGCUUCCCCCCUCCCUCCUCCCUGCUUCCCCCCUCCCUCCUCCCUGCUUCCCCCCUCCCUCCUCCCUGCUUCCCCCCUCGCUAUGCCCUGCUUCCCCCCUCCCUCCGCCUUGCUUCCCCCCUCCCUCCGCCCUGCUUCCCCCCUCCUUCUGCCAUGCUUCCCCCAUCCCUUUCCCCUGCUUCCUCCUUCCCUCCUCCCUGCUUCCCCCCUCCCUCCUCCCUGCUUUCCCCCUCCCUCAUCCCUGCUUCCCCCCUCCAUCCCCCCUGCUUCCCCCCUCCCUCUGCCCUGCUUCCCCCCUCCCUCCUCCCUGCUUCCUCCUUCCCUCCGCACUGCUUCCCCCCUCCCUAUGCCCUGCUUCCCUCCUCCCUCCGCCCUGCUUUCCCCACUCCCUCCGUCCUGCUUCCCCCCUCCUUCUGCCAUACUUCCCCCAUCACUCUGCCCUGCUUCCUCCCUCCCUCCUCCCUGCUUCCCCCCUCCCUCCUCCCUGCUUCCCCCCUCCCUCCUCCCUGCUUCCCCCCUCCCUCCUCCCUCCUUCCCCCCUCCCUCCUCCCUGCUUUCCCCCUCCUUCUGCCUUGCUUCCCCCCUCCCUCCGCUCUGCUUCCCCCCUCCCUCCGCCCUGCUUCCCCCCUCCCUCCUCCCUACUUCCCCCCUCCCUCCGCCCUGCUUUCCCCCUCCUUCUGCCUUACUUCCCCCCUCCCUCCGCCCUGCUUCCCCCCUCCCUCCGCCCUGCUUCCCCCCUCCCUCCGCAUACCUAUUUGGACUGCAUGCACAUUUGCAAGGUGGAGGGGGGGCGCAGGUGCAACUAGGGGGCAGCGCAGCAGACUUGGAAACAAGCUCACGUCCCCCCUCCCCCGCGCUCUCUCCUCUUCCCUUCUCAUUCCAGACCUACCUGGAUUGCAUUCACAUUCGCAAGGAGGAGGGCGGGCGCACGCGCAACAAAGGGGCAGCGCAGCAGACGCAAUCAUAG